GGAAAAACACAGAUGAAGAAAAGUUUGAACAACGCAGCAAGGCGGGAAGCAGCAGACAGUAGGGUUGCAGAAACUACCUACGCAGCAGCAAUCAGGCUCACUGGACUUACUUUUCAAGAAGUUAAGGAAGAUAACUGGAGAUGUGAUAACGAUACCAGCAAAAAUUGUUGAAGAAGACUGAGAAGAAACUGCCCCUCAUUAGAAAGAUGAUGGAGACCACAUUUCCCCUACGCCGACAGACCAUAGUGAUGUCCUGCCCACCAGUGAACGACCUCAUGGACCUCUGGCCUGCUCUCAAAAUAGAGUCUGAGUUGUAUGCAGAGUUCCAGCCAAUUACAAAUCAGAACCUGCCCAACACGUGCUAUGCUGAGCUUGACCGCUAUCUUCCUCGACUGAUAACCUUAUUCAGACGGAAGGCAUCAAAAACUGGGAAGACAGCAGAUGCUCUGGCUGAAAUUUUAAAAAUCCACGAUGAACAGGAAAUCCAUGACAUCCACACCAAGCGCACUACUGUUCUCCACAUCCUUCCUGUGUAUCUGCGCGAGGACGUCUCUGGAUGUUUAAGAACCUGCACAGAUGAGUCUGAUGAGCCAGAGCUUGAUGGUGUUGCAGUGGGCCUCAUUACUUUCAUCGGUGACCAUGACGCAAGUCCAGUUCACUACCACCCUGUGAGAAUCACUGUCGUCAUUGAAAGUGAUGCCGUGGUCAGCCUUCCCAGACUUGCCGAUGCCUUCCUGGUAAUCUGUGGAGUGAUCUAUGCACUGCACCUCAGCUAUCCCAAAGCACUGACCAACACUUUUGAAUUCACUCAAAAGAUUUAACUUGGUCUAGAAAGUGGUAAACUAUCCCCGAGGUUGCAGACCCUCAAGAAUGAAUUAAUGAUGUAGAAACUCAUCUGAAAAAAAGGGCUGCAGGGUAAAGCAUUAUAAAAGGCUAGUUCAA